AUGCAGUCCAUUACGUCGUUCUUCGGCCCGCCGGCGGGCGGGGCUGGCGGCGGCUCGCGCAAGCGCGGGCGUGAGACGGCGCAUCCGGCAUCCCUGGGCGCGUCGAAGCGGCAGCGGUCCGACUUUCCGGAGCCCGGAAGCAGCGGGGGCUGGGGCAGUGGGCAUGGCGGACAUGGCGGCGGCCAUGCAGCGGCGGCCGGGUGCGGCUCGCGGUGGGCGGCGCUCGAGGCGUCGCUCCCAGCCGACGAGCCGCACAACCCAAACUCAGGGCUGAGCGAGACGCAGCACGAGGCGGUGCAGGCGAAGCGUCGGGCGGCGCUGCGCAAGCGGGCGAUCAAGGCGGCGCUGGCCGAGGACUUUUUCGGAAACAUGGAGCUUGCGCUCGACGAGUCGUGGGCCAAGCGGCUCGGCCGCGAGUUCGACAAGCCGUAUUGGCUUGCACUGCAAGCCAAGCUGCGGCGCGAGGCCGUGAGCGGGCGGCGGAUCUUCCCGCCGGCGGCCGAGGUCUUCAACGCCUUUGGCUUUACUCCGUUUGACAAGGUCAAGGUCGUCAUUCUCGGCCAGGAUCCGUACCACGGGCCCGGGCAGGCACACGGCCUGUGCUUUUCGGUCCGGCACGGCGUCCCGCCGCCGCCGUCGCUCAAGAACAUCUUCAAGGAGCUUGAGGCCGAGUACGAGAGCUUUGCCAAGCCCGACAACGGGUGCCUCGAGUCGUGGGCCAAGCAGGGCGUCCUCCUCCUCAACUCGAUGCUCACCGUCCGGGCCCGCGACGCUGGUUCGCACCAGAAGAUGGGCUGGGAGCAGUUUACUGACGCCGUCAUUGCGGCGCUCAACAAGCACCGGACUGGCCUGGUCUUUCUUCUGUGGGGCUCAUAUGCGCAGAGCAAGGGUAAGAUUGUGUCGACCUCCAAGCACUGCGUCCUCAAGUCGGUCCAUCCGUCCCCACUCUCGGCCUACCGCGGCUACUUUGGCUGCAACCACUUUGGCAAGGCCAACGCCUUUCUUGCCAAGCGCGGCCUCGACCCGAUCGACUGGCGGCUGCCGAACGUCGAUGGGAGCCUGCCCGGCGGCGCGCCCGCGCUUGCCGCCACCAUGCCGGCGGCCUCGGCGCCGACGCCGCCGGCCCCCGUCAAGAAGGCAGCCGGUGCGGUCAAAGUCGCGCCUGCAGCUGCUGGCGGCAAGAAGCUCGUCCCGCCACCAUCUUCUGUCGGCGGCAGCACCUUUCCGUCCAAGCGGGUUCAGAUUGCGGCGCCGCCGGCCCCUACAAGCGGCGGCCAUUCCGGGCCUGUGCGGUAUGACGGCGACUUUGACUCGCUGUGUGGCGAGGGCAUGGCAGCCAUUGCCUCGGGAGUCCACCGGGCGCAUGAGGAGCAGGCCGAGGCCAAGGUCAAGGCCAAGAAGGAGAAGCACACGUUCAACGACAUCUCGACGAGAGCCUCUGUCUUCCGCGACAAGCUGAUCGAGGAGUUCCGGCUGCUGGAGAACCUGGAGCAGACGCAGAGCUCGCACGCGCCGGUCUUUGACGCAGGCUCGCUCUUCCCGGCGCCCGACGAAGACGAGGACGUCGUCGGCGGUGGCGGUGGGAGUGGGAGUGGGCGCGGAGUGGAGAUGGCAUCGCUCGAUGCGCGAGCAGCCGAGGCUGGCGUGCUCGAGCCGGGCGGAAACCGGACGUUCACCAAGGUGCUGAAGGAGACGCCGCACCAGAUGGUCAAGUUCAAGCAUUUUAAGCGGCGGCCGGACAAGGAGGGCGAGUUCAAGAAGUUCCAGGACAAGCGAAUGACGCGGCUGAAGAACGUCAACUCGCCACCGCUCGGCCUGUGGGCGCACUGGAUCGUGACGCACCACUACUUUGAGUGGCUCAUUCUGGGCGUCAUCCUCAUGAACGCAGUCGUGCUCGGCGUCCAGGCCGAGCUGAGCGAGAACGAAAGCGAGUACUGGCUCACACUCCGCAUCCUGUACUUUCUCGAUCUCUUUGCGCUCUACGUCUUUCUCCUGGAGAUCGGGCUCAAGUGGAUCGACUCGUUCAUGAAGUUUUGGCAGUCGGGAUGGAACGUCUUUGACUUUCUGGUCACGCUCCUUUCGGCGGUGCCGGAAGUUCUCCCGUUCUUCCUCUCGGGCUCAUCGGCGUCGUCGCGCAAGUUUGCGGUGGUUGCCAAGCAGUUGCGGCUUCUCCGCGUCCUGCGAGCGCUCAAGCUCCUGGUCCACUUUACAGGCAUCCGAAUCAUCGUGGAGACGACGCUCCAGGCGUUCAACUCGAUGUCGUUCAUCAUGAUUCUGCUCGGCCUUGUGGCGUACAUCUACGCCGUCGCUGGCAUCUACCUCUUUGCCGAGUACACCGAGUCGGAGCGGAGCGAUCUGCAGUACCAGGAGAAGUUCCGAGGCAUGGGCAACGCGCUCAUCACGCUCUUCCAGCUCAUCACGCUCGACCAAUGGUAUCUCAUCCACCAGGAUGUGGCACUCAUCAUUCCGCGGUUCAUUACGGCGACGUACUUUCUCUCAUGGAAGCGCUCGAUCCGGCGGUACUUUAAGAAGCUCGACACGUACAACACGGCGAUGGCCAAGGGCGCCACCAAAAGCCCGAACCUUGGCGUUGGGGUGGCAGGUGCUGGUGCGUCGGCAGGCGCAAAGUCGGCGCUGCACUCGCCGCCCGGAGGCGGGGCGCCGGCCGGGGCGCCAGGCGCCGGCGGCGUUGGGCCGGUCUCGCGCGGCUCAUCGCGAGCCGCAUCGCCGGUAGGCACUGACGGUGAGUCGUCCACUGAGGACGACUCGAGCCUGCCCAACACAACGCUGGCGUCGCCGGGCGGGCUCUCGCGCGCCAACUCGGGCCUUCGCCGCAGGCCGUCGAACCGCUCGCUGGCGACGUCCAACGCGACACUCGACUCGAUCGUGCAGCGGGUCAACUCAUUCCUCCUCACCAACCGCGAAGAGGGCCUGGGAUGGGAAGCACACAUUGCUGCCAACCUCCAGGGUCUCACCGCCGGUGAGCUGGAAACGCUCUGGCCGCGCGACACGCUCUUCCACUACCUGCAGGACAUGCAGCAGCUGCAAGAAGUGCAUCGUGAGUUUCAAGAGCUGCAGCUUCUUGCGUCGUGGACGCUAUUUGAGGCUUUUGACACGUGAUGUGUCGGCAACUGGCGGCGCCCUGCCGCGGAUUGAGCGGAAAGGAGGCGGGAGGGCACGAUCUUGCUUUACCUGCGCUUACGCUUGAGCGGGUCACCGCGGCGCUUGCGCUUAUUCUUGGAGACGCGGCGCUUGACGCCCUUGUUCUUGCGGACGGCGAUGGCGUCGGCCUCCUUGUGCAGCAUUUGCAGCUCAGUAGACGAGAGCAAAUACGACGGGAUCUUGGCCAGCCCCUUGUUGACGGCCUGCGGGUUGAGGACGACGUCGUGCUUGAGGGCAUCGAGAUCAGUGGGGUUGUCCUCAAAGUGAGCCUGGAGCUUGUCCGAGUUGACGAUCUCGUUGCGAAUCUCGGCAAUACGUGCAUCCUUGACGGUCUUCUUGGUGAUGGACAUGAGAACGUUGCGAACGCGGUACUGGAACUGGACAAUGCGCUUGAGGUCAAAGUUGUACGCCUGGAGAUCGAGCUCGCCGCGCGCCAUGCGCUUCCGGGUCUCGGGGUUGCUCUUGGCGGUGGCAGACUCACGGGCAAGCUCGCCGCGGAGGCGCUCAAGCGUUUGCUUGUCGCGCGACGAAACCAUCGAAAGAGCGGAGCCUGCGGCACCGCCGCGAGCCGUCCGCCCGAUC